CAUUAUACUAAUAUAUACUGUACUAUCUUUUUCUUUGUUUGUGUUUCCUCUCGAUGUCUGCCUCAGCACUUUUGGAGGACAAGGAGACAAUGAGGCAAAGAGGCCCAGAAGCAGAGGAAGUGAAAGACGGUCGGAGGGAUGGCGCAAUACGUGUUUGGGGGAGGGGGAGUCAGACUCGCAGACAGCAUGUUCAACCCCUUAAAGCAGAAGUCCUCAAAUACACCAUAUCAGACGUUAUCAUCUCUUAAAGGGAGAGGAGCCAGAAGGGGAGAUUCCCACUUCGCGGUGAGCAGCACACAAACCCCAAACUAACCGCGCGGUGAGCAGCACACAAACCAAGAACUAACCGCACGGUGAGCAGCGUCAGGACCUAACCGAGGAACAAAGACUCAAGACCCAGAACAAAAGAAUGGAGUAUCACCUGGUUCUCACCACCUGCUACCUGGCCAUAGGUUGGUCCAGCGUCUCUUCUCUGAAUGUCACGGGCCUAGAAGGAGAAACUGUUCACAUUAACUGCCUCCCCACUGCUGGCAUCACAGACAAAGGCAUGUACUUCUGCAAAGGAGAGAAGCGCUACAGCUGCCAGGACAUCAUUCCGAUGGAACGUGGAACCGGGACCGGGCUGGACAAGAGGUUCUCCCUUGACACAACGGGUCACGUGGUGGUGGUGCAGAUUAGGAAACUCAGGGGUUCUGAUUCUGGAACCUACUGGUGUGGUCCGGACCGGACCAGACGGUACAGGGACUACGUCCAGAUCUAUCUUUCUGUGGGACACAAAGAAGAAGGACGUGGAACGACACAAAGCCUUUCUACUCCUGUGGUGGCGGAGCUACGCCCAAGACCCCCCACAGCGCCCCCUACAGCUCCACACGACACACCUGUCCGCCUUAUUCUCUCUGUGUGUCUGGUGACAGCCUUUGUGUUUGCAGUCACAGCCCUGAUGCUCCACAGACGCUCUGGGAAACAAUCAGAAGUGGCCAUCUCAAAGGAACCAAAUAAAGCGGGAUCCGAAAUUGCAAUUGGUGAUUAUGAGAACAAUGGUCUGGAUAAAGACAACAAAAGCAUUAUUGAGAUGGCAUCUAUCUACCAAAGCUUACACCCCAACACUGCCCAACGUGAUGCAGUUUACCAGAGCUUGGACCCCAACACUCUACAACAUGAUGCAAUUUACCAGAGCCUGAACCCCAACACCCUACAACAUGAUGCAAUUUACCAGAGCCUGAACACCAACACCCUCCAACCUGGCGGAGUUUACCAGAGCCUGAACCCCGACCAGAGAGACUCAGUCUAUCAGAGCCUGAACCCCGACCAGAGAGACUCAGUCUACCAGAGUCUGAAGCCCAACACCCUCCAACAAAGGCCUGUUUAUCUAAACCAGUAGAUCCCAAACCCUUCUUCCAUGAAGCAACGGAAAUAAAAACCUCACUGGUCCAAAUGUUGCUAGCCAAGCUAGAAAACACAGCACACACAGCAUUAGUUUAACUCUGAACUACCCCUGGCGUGCCUCAGAACUGCCUCUCGCGUGCCUCUGAACUACCCCAGCAUGCCUUUGAACUAUCCCUUGCGUGCCGUACAGGGAACAUCUAGCCAAAUGGAGGUGCCCUUGUUUGGGGACAUACUCUGUGUUAUGUUCAUGUAAAGGGAUUUCCAGACACCAAUAUCCAUAAUUUUUUUUAUAUUCUAUGCAAUAAUACAUAUAUUGAUAUCAUUCCAGUCACAGUGUGUUGGUGUGUUCAGUCAUUUGUCUUUUACACGACAAAACAAGUGUCUUUGUUGUUUAUUAAUUUUGAAAUAAAAAAACAUACACAUGUUCUGCUGUUGUAUAUCUUUCUCUCUCUCUCUCUCUGUCUCUCACACAUCUAAAUACACACAGAGGCAAGCUAGGCUAACUCACU